AUAACGUCGUGCCAAGCUUGCCUUUGUCCGUUUGGGGCAAUAAUCUCUUUGAGUGAGGUUCCUUUUCAACCCCCCCCCCCCAACCACCCCCGGCCGGCGAUAGAGCAAAAAAAAAAGCACGAUGCCGUCCUCACCUUCGCCGAGCUCGAGCUCGGGCCGACUUCCGGUCGACGGCGAGAAGCAAGCCGAGGAUGAGGCCCGCGAGGCCCGACACCGGAACCAGGACCGACAGGUCCCAGAGCGGACCCGAAAAGACGAAGAAACGGGCGGCGACGGCGACAGCGACGGGGUCACCGAGGCCCCCGAGAACUGGCAGAUACCACCCGAGCCGGACCCGCUCGACACCGAGGCCGAUGGCGUGGCUGGCGUCGUGAAUCGCGUGCUCAGCAGGAUCUCGACACGGUCGAGCUGGAACCCCGGCCCGCCCCCGGACGGAGGCCGGGUCGCGUGGUUGAUGUGCUUCUGCGCGCACCUGAGCGUCAUGAACACUUGGGGCUUCAUCAACUCGUUCGGCGUGUUCCAGUCGUACUACGCGACCACGCUCGGGCGGCCGCCGUCGGACAUCUCCUGGAUCGGGUCGAUCCAGGUCUUCCUGACCUUCUUCAUCGGCACCUUCACCGGGCGCGUGACGGACGCCGGCUUCUUCCGGCCCGUCAUGCUCGCCGGCACGGCGUUUAUGCUGCUCGGCAUCUUCGCGACCUCGGCGGCGACGAGCUACUGGCAGCUUCUGCUCUCGCAGGGCCUCUGCAUGGGGCUCGCGAGCGGCUGCAUCUUCUGCCCCGCCGUCUCCGUCCUCUCCACCUACUUCGCGCGCCGCCGCUCCCUCGCCAUCGGCAUCGCCGCCUGCGGCUCCGUUACCGGCGGCCUCGUCUUCCCCGCCAUGGCCCGCCAGCUGCUGCCCUCGGCCGGCUUCCCCUGGGCCGUCCGCGCCAUGGGCUUCGUCCAGCUCGCGACGCUCGCCUUCGUCAACGUCUUCAUGCGCACGCGGCUACCGCCGCGCCGCACCGGCGGGCUCGUCGAGUGGGGCGCCCUGCGCGAGCUCGAGUUCGCCUUCUACUGCGUCGGCAUGUUCUUCAACUUCUGGGGCGUCUACUUCGGCUUCUACUACCUGGCGGUGUUCGCGCGCACAGCGCUCACGCCGCCCAUGUCGGAGGUCGAGUCGCUCAACCUCUUGCUGCUGCUCAACGGCGUCGGGUUGGUCGGCCGCCUCGUCCCCAACCACGUGGCGGACCGCACCGGCCCCCUCACCAUCAUGGCGCCCGUGUGCGUCGCGGUCGGCGCCGCGCUGUUCGCGUGGGUCGCGGUCCGCACGCCGGCCCAGCUCUACGGCUGGAGCGCCGCGUACGGCAUCGCCGCCGGCGCCGUCCAGAGCCUGUUCCCUGCCGGCCUGAGCAGUCUCACCACGGACCUGCGCCGCCAGGGCGCGCGCAUGGGCUUGGGCUUCACCAUCGUCAGCUUCGCCGUGCUCACGGGCAACCCGAUCGCCGGGGCGAUCAUCGCCGCCACCGGCGGCCGUUACGAGGGCGCGCAGGCCUUCACCGGCGGGUGCAUGCUGCUCGGUGCAUGCAUGAUGGCGGCCGCCAAGGUGGCGCGGAUGAGGCGCACAGGCGCGGGGUGGAGCGUAAAGGUAUAGGUGGGUAGGACGGGGGACGAGGGUAGCCUGCGAUAUUAGUAAGAGGAGAGAAAGGGAGUGUGGAAGAGCAACGGCCAGAAGUAAUAUCAUGACUCGACGGGCAAAGAGGCCGGGACAGCGCCGGAGAGAUGCAUAUCUUCGCCCUCUUAACGAUGGAGGGGAGGCGAGGCAGGCGGCAUAAUAUAGGCGAUUCCCACUCACGACAUUCACGAAAUUCUCGCCACAACGACGACGAGAAAGGUCGCGGAGACGAGAGGCGGACGAGGCGACGGGGAAAGGGUCCGGGCCCGACCAUGCCGUCUGGUGCCGCCCAGCCAUGCGUCCGGCCGUGCGUCCGGCCAUUCCAUGAAAGACUGUAUAUACUUAGAGAGCCCUGGGAAAACACAA